GGAUGACUUGCGUUGUUCGUUGGUGACAGUUUGGGCUGUGUGAUAAACGUUGAUAUAUUACGGGCCGAUCUACUCCAGCCGCCGCCGCCGCCAUGGAUAUGAUGCCGCAGGCCAGGCAGCCGUUCGACCCGGCCCAGUACCGGUACAGAGGACCGGCGCACCAGCCGCGCCUGCCCAUCACUCGCUCUCAGGCGCCGGUCACCACCGGCACGUCGGUGAUCGGCGUGCAGUUUGACGGCGGCGUCAUGAUCGCCGCCGACAAGCUCGGCUCGUACGGAUCGCUGGCGCGCUACAAGGACAUUGGCCGCCUGCUCAAGGUCAACGAGCACGUCAUCCUCGGCUGCACCGGCGACUACGCCGACUUCCAGUUCCUCAGCGACAUCAUCGACCAGCGCAUGAUCGACGAGGAGUGCCUGGAGGAGGGCAUUUCCACGCGCGCGCCUUCGCUGCACUGCUGGCUGACGCGCGUCCUGUACAACCGGCGCUCGCGCUUUGACCCGCUCUGGACGACGCUGGUGGUGGGCGGCCUGGACGCGGCCGGCAGCCCCUUCCUCGGCUACGUCGACAAGCUGGGCACGGCGUACACAGCGCCACAAGUGGCGUCUGGCUUCGGGGCCCACCUGGCGACGCCGCUGCUGCGCGAGCGCAUGGAUGGCAAGCCGCCGAUGAGUGAGGCCGAGGCGCGCCAGCUGCUCGUGCAGUGCAUGACGGUGUGCUUUUACCGCGACUGCCGCGCCUAUCCCAAGUAUCAGAUCGCCACGCUGACGGCGGGCGGCAUCAAGAUCGAGGACGAUCUGGAGGUGGACGGCGACUGGGAGGUGGCGCACUUCAGCAAGGAGCACUCGUAGGCGCCGAGGCGCCGCGUGCUCGCGUCCGUCGCCGUGUCGGCGCGGCUCGUUCGGCGCGCUCCGAGUCGAUGACGCUGUGCUCUGCCUCGUGUUCGUCCUGUCGCCGACGCGUCUCAUUCAAUACACUCCGAGUUGAUGGAU